GUUUAUUUAUUUAAUCAAUGAUUUCAUUUCGCUUUGGAGAUAUUAAAAUGUCUAUUUUUUCUGUCAAGUCCAAGACUUUCCUUCCCCUCUACUGCAACUACUCUAGUGCUGAAGUCUUGUUCUUCAUCCCUCCCCCAUAUCUCUACUUUUUGUAUUCCUUCAUUUUCCCUCAAAGCUAGAGAAGGAGAAGAGUGUGCCACUUCCGCUACCUCGGCUUCACUGGUAAUGCGGGCUUUCUCUCUCUUACCUAUGUUUACUCUUCUUGUUCUCCAGCAUGCAAUGUCGUUCCCCCCUUCGUGGACAAUGCUAGGUAGUUGCUGAGAUCCUUGCACUGGGUUUAAUGGGGAGAUUCAUGGUUUUUUGGUUGGAAGGAAUUUCUAAAAGCUAUUGGAUUUAGCAACCUGACCAGCCAUGGAUGGAUUUUGUUGAAAUGGCUUCUCCUAUUAGAUUUGCCAUUGAAGAAGGAGAGAAGAGAAAGAAUUGAUGAAUGUCUGAGAUUCAUAAUGCUGGUAUUCUGAUAAGUGCAAUCUUUUUUUCAGGUUUAUGUUGAGCUGGGUGGCACAUCAAACUUACAGCAGAAAUGGGUUCUGGGAAUUGGAUUAAGACAAUGAUUAACUUGAAGAAGGGGAAGAAUGGCCAUUUGAAGCAAUUGAAGGGUUCUUCAUCACCGUCUGUGAAAUCGAAUGGCUUCAAAUCGAAGUAUCUGCAGAGCAAAGAUUCAGCUGCUUCUCCCAAUGGUCAUGGCAAUGAAGAAUUGGCUGCCACUCGCAUUCAAACUGCAUUCCGUGCAUAUAGAGCGAGGAAAGCCUUACGCCGCCUAAGAGGGACUGUGAAAUUACAGUCGCGAACCAAGCAUCAAUCCAUUCUGAAGCAAGCUAAUUCCACAUUGAACCACCUUCAUCUAUGGAGCAGCCUGCAGACCCAGAUUAGAAAUCGCCGCUUGUUUAUGGUCACCGAAGGUCGUUCAAGGCAGAAGAAGUUGGAGAAUCAACUUAAACUUGAGGCAAAACUUCAUGACCUAGUGGUGGAAUGGAACAGUGGGGGUGAUACAAUGGAGGAGAUUCUUGCAAGAGUACAUCAAAGGGAAGAAGCAGCAGUGAAGCGGGAAAGGGCAAUGGCAUAUGCCUUCUCUCACCAGUGGAGGGCAAAUUGUAACCAGAGCCUUGGUAGCUAUGAGGUUGGGAAGUCCAACUGGGGAUGGAGCUGGAUUGACCGCUGGAUCGCUGCUCGUCCAUGGGAGAGCCGUGUCCCCUUGAAGUCCAUCAGCCCAAAGAAAGCUCAGAUCAACAAGCAGGCUAACAAGGGUAGUAAGAAUGCAACUUCACCUGCAGCAAAAACGCCAACCAUAGCUUCUAAACCACCAAUGCCCAAUGGAGCUCUAAAAGCCAGGAGGUUAACUUAUCCGAUUACCGGGAAACAAGCCACAACACUCCAUGGAAGCAGGAAAGGUGGAAUGGGAGAGGCUAAAAAGGAGCAGCUGGUGCUGGCAUCUUAGUGUGUUCUUGUUCUGGUCUCUUUCAGAGUGAAAUUGCUUUCAUUCUUUGUCGGUUUUUUUUUCAAUAGGUAAGUCUCAUUUCUGAUUAUGGUUCUAUGAGUGGUGUGCUAUCCUUCUGCUUGUGAAUGCGCGGUAUAUAACUGAGAAAGCCUUGAGAGUUCAUCUGCUUCAUCAUUUUUCCUCCUCUUACCCUAUACACCAUGUCAAAACAUGGGUUCACUUUGUAUUUAUAUAUACUGUAAAUAGAUGGAAACAUUUUGUUUUGGGGGUGCAAUGUUAAAUGCAUUUGUAUUUGAAAGCUUAUGCCAUUGAAGACGGUUUCGACUGGUGAGGAUGCAGUCAUGCUGUGGCCAUCAACAAUAUAGGGGAAUGGUAAAU